UUUAUCAAAAACUGAUAAAUGAAAGUAUGUAAAUAAUAACCUGUCAUUAAAAUAACAUAAUUGAGUAGGAAAGGAAACCAUCUACUCACUUAAGAGCGGUGACGUCGGAAUUCUACGCAGGGCUCACACACUCUCUCAUCCAGCACACACACACACACACACACACACAGGCGCGCGCUCCUGGUGGGAGUGAGUGAGCAAGCGCGGAGUCCAUCUCUCUCACUCUGAAGCUCGCUCGCGUUGCGUUCAGUUAUCCCGCGCAUCACACACCGUCAAGUUGACUGUCGCCAUGCAGGAUCACAGGCGUGAAGUUGCUUUCUUGUGAAUAUCUCUCGCGCUGCAGGUGAAAGGGGACAGUUUAAGCUCCGAGACUCAGAACUGUGGUGCCUCGGAUGCGCUUUAAACUGCUGCAUGAAUGCUUGCUCAUUAGUCCAGGAUUUCACUGCGAGGGACGACGAUGCGUUCGGUCCAGCAGCGGUCACAGUGCGCUCGGUGAUGGAUGUCUUCUCUAUUCCACCUUUUGGGAUUUACGGAGGGUCAAUGGAGAGCUGUGCGCUUCUGUGCGCCUUUUGAAAUCUUCUUUGGGGCUGUGCAUGCCUGUUUUGAGAUUUGCACAUUAAUGCUGGGGCUUUCGGCAUUAUUGCUGUAAAAAUGCUGAACAACAUUCUCUUGCUGAGCGUUUUAACAGUCACCAGUUUCCCUUCAAAGACAGACAGCCGCAAAACUUCCAAAGACAUUUGCAAGAACCGGUGCUCCUGCGAGGAAAAGGAGAACGCAUUGAAUAUCAAUUGUGAAAACAAGGGUUUUACCACGGUCAGUCAUUUCCAGCCUCCGCAAAACAAAAUCAGCCAACUGUUUCUGAAUGGAAACUUUCUCACCAAGAUAAGCCCGAACGAAUUCCUCAAUUAUGGUAAUGUAACAUCUCUUCAUUUGGGUAAUAAUGGCUUGCAGGAGAUCAAAACGGGGGCAUUCAAUGGGUUAAAAAACUUGAAGCGUCUGCAUCUCAAUAAUAAUAACUUGGAGAUCAUAAGAGAGGACACUUUUUCUGGUUUGGAGAGUUUGGAGUAUUUGCAAGCUGAUUAUAACUACAUUAGUGCCAUAGAGACUGGGGCUUUCAACAAACUGAAUAAACUCAAAGUCCUGAUACUCAACGACAACCUUUUGCUCUCUCUACCUAACAACAUAUUCCGCUUUGUCAUGUUGACGCAUUUGGAUUUAAGGGGAAACCGACUGAAGAUGCUGCCGUUUGCUGGUGUUCUAGAGCAUAUAGGUGGAAUAAUGGAGAUUCAGCUGGAAGAGAACCCGUGGAAUUGCACUUGUGAUCUGAUACCCCUGAAAGCCUGGCUGGAUACAAUUUCAGUCUUCGUGGGGGAUAUCGUUUGUGAGACGCCGUUCAGACUGCAUGGUAAAGACGUCACGCAGCUGAUCAAGCAAGACCUUUGCCCCAGGCGCAAUCCUGGAGACGCGAGUCAUCGUGCCAUGCAACCGCCGUCUGAUUCACAGUACCAGGGUCCGUCUCCAACCCUGCGGCCUCGAGUCACCCCGACAAGAGCCCCCAAGGCCUCCCGCCCCCCCAAAAUGAGAUACCGCCCCACUCCGCGCGUCACGUCCAGCAGAGAUAAACACGUAUUUGGGCCUAUCAUGGUGUACCAGACGCGCUCGCCGGUUCCGAUGACCUGCCCGAGCAUUUGCGUGUGCACGUCGCAAAAUCCUGACAGUGGAUUAAACAUCAAUUGUCAGGAGAGGAAGCUUCAGAACAUCUCUGAACUUCAACCGAAACCGUCAUAUCCAAAGAAGCUGCAUUUAACCGGCAACUAUUUGCAGACCAUUUACAGAACGGAUCUGACAGAGUACAGCUCCCUUGAGCUCCUGCACUUAGGGAAUAACAGAAUAGCAAUCAUUCAGGACGGAGCCUUUGAGAAUCUCACAAGUUUAAGGAGGCUCUAUCUGAAUGGCAACUACAUCGAAAGCCUGUCGCAGUCUUUAUUCGCUGGGCUGCAGAGCUUGCAAUAUCUCUACCUGGAAUACAACAUCAUUAAAGAGAUUUUACCCCACACCUUCAACUCGCUGCACAAUUUGCAGCUAUUGUUUCUUAAUAAUAACCUGCUGCGAUCCCUUCCUGACAACGUGUUUGGAGGUACUAUGCUGACAAGGCUUAAUCUCCGAAACAAUCAUUUUUCCCAUCUCCCAGUGCGCGGGGUGCUGGACCAGCUCUCUGCCUUCAUUCAGAUCGACCUCCAGGAGAAUCCGUGGGACUGCACCUGCGACAUUGUGGAGCUUAAGAACUGGAUGGAGCUGUCCAGCACCAGCGUGGUGGUGAAUGAGAUCACGUGUGACUCACCAUCCAAGCAUGCAGGUCGGCUCUUGCGCUCCCUCCGAAACGAUGCCAUCUGCCCUGAGACUGAUGAGGUUCCUGUGACUAAACCCCCCACUGCCGUGAGCUCGAGCACCGAGGCGACCCCUUCUUCUGCCGUAACCCCUACGGACAGAAUGCCUGAAAUGCCUCCAGAGGUGCCCUUGUCCGUUCUCAUCCUAGGCCUGCUCGUUGUGUUCAUUCUGUCCGUGUGCUUCGGGGCAGGAUUGUUCGUGUUCGUCCUCAAACGUCGCAAGGGAGUGGAGAAUGUUCCCUCAGGCACCAAUAACCAUUUGGACUUGAACUCCUUCCAAGUACAGUACGGCUCGUACAACGCAGACGCCAACGCAGACAAAAGCGACAACCACGUGUAUAACUACAUCCCUCCGCCCGUGGGUCAGAUGUGUCAGAAUCCCAUCUACAUGCAGAAGGAGAAUGAGCAGGUGGCCUACUAUCGGAACCUGAAGGAACUGAGCUUCAGCGCUAUUGACCCCAAGAAGGAGGAGCUUGAUCGAAGCCCAGCUUUCACCAUAAGCACAGUGGAGUUCAUUGACAAGCAGCCGUGCGCCAACCGCGAGCCAGAACUGCUUUACCAGAACAUUGUGGAGAGAGCGAAAGAUCUGCCCCAGUCUGGGCCACUCAGCUAUAACUUUUGCACUUUACCCAAAAAAUCCUUCAUUCCUCCCUACGAAACCACCCGGCGACUCAACCAGGAUCGAUUAAACAAAACCGUUCUCUACGGGACCCCCAGAAAAUAUGCUGCACAGUCCAAAAAUGAGCAUCCUUUGCUAUCCAACAAGCAUAAAACUGAGCCGGACUACCUCGAAGUUCUGGAGAAACAAACUGCGAUGAGUCAGUUGUAAGAUUGAGUCCCUGUAAACCUGUAUCAUCUGUUUAUUCAACCACAAGAGACAAUAAUAACACCACCACAGACCUAAGCCUUCCAUCUUCUUUUAGAGGCUGUAUACAUACCCGCAAUUUAAAGAUGAUAUAUUAUUUUAUCUAAGGUUUAAAUUAUUUCUUCUACUUGAACGUAAAGACUGUAGCAGUUGUCGCAAGAACAUGUAUAGCUUACAGCUCCAUGCUUUUUUGUAAUAUGAAAUAUAUUUUCUCUCAGACGACAGGGUUGUUGAAAUGACAUUCCUGUAGAACAUGUUGGAUGGUGAGUGCAACACAAAUUCCUGGUUCCAGAAGUGCCUUUGCACUUGAAGAAUUUUAUCUCUGCUUUCUGCUAAUCAAAUUUUUAUAAGUGCUGUAUUUUAAGACUCUUUAUGUAAAAUAGAAUUAUUUGUCCAUUGCAUUAAACGGAAAAAGUAAAAGGGUACUCUGGUGUUGAGGAGAAUGUUAUUUACCACUUAUGUUUGUGGCUCUAAAAUCAGGUCGUUUCAGCUUGAAGUAAAUUAGUAAUAAUGCUGAGUUUCUUAUGCAGUCAGUGAUGGAUGUGGAUUGAGCAGUAUUCUGCAGCACGGCUGAUCUCCUUUAAUGGCACACAGCAGUGUGUGUGUGUGUGUGUGUGUGUGUUCCUGUGUGUGGGGGCUCAGUAUGUAUGGUAGUUGAUUGUAUUUGCCUAGUUUCUGUGCCAUGAAGCAUUAUCGGUGAAGAAGAAAUGGAGCAGAAAAUUAUUUGAUAAUCUUUGCUUGCCUGAAUUAUCUGUGUGUAUCAUGACACACCGACUUGCUCGAUAUAGUAUCCAAUCUGUGACUCCUGAGACAUUUGAUCAUUCAUUUAUUCAUUAAAAUCAGAUCGUCUUUUACUGUGGACAUCACAGUUGCUGUCCAAGGUGCUAAAAUGAUUUUGCAUUAGCUGGUAGAGAUACUGUUGACUUAGUGCUGAAUUUCUAAAAAUGCCUUAUUGUAGAGGAGUUAAAUACUUGAAAAAUGAUACAGCAAUUUGAUUUACCAUAAUUUAGAUAAGCUUUUUAUUUCCUCUCAGUUCAGAAAUAUGGUUUAUGAAUUUAUUGAUUGGUUGAUUUAUUUUUAAUUAGCUUGCUUGUUUACAUAAAUGUAAAUAAGGCUCUGUAUUGCUGCUAUAUUCAAAAACUCUGGGGUACCUCAUGUGUACAUACUGUUUUUAAUUUAUUUACAUUCAUAAUUCAAUACCUUUUUAAAGAUGUUUGUAACUUAUCUUAGCAGUUUAAGUUCAAAGUGACGCAAAUGUUUUCCCCCGGUGGAAAAAGAAAAGGAGCGCAAUGGCUACAGUGCUCAAUGUGAGAGAAUGUUUUUCAUCCAGUUUCAAAUGAAGUGAUUUCCUUUGCCUGGUACAAUGAGCCUCUGUGUAGCUGUUUCCUGGUGUGGCUGAGAAUAGGCAGGCCGCACAUGCCUUGCACAUCAAUGAGGGGCCUGACCAGCAGAACACUUGCUGCUCUAGAUGGAGACGUCACGCUUUGAUUUGAAAUAAAUUGUGAGCUCUAAUCGGUUUACGCAGAAUGAGAGGGAGCAAGGCUGUUUCAUUGAUGCUGAAGUAUUGAGUUCAUUACAUAUACAACUGGUUCCAGUAUACUUUAUGUGUUAUUUUUAAUUGUGUGCAUGCAGUUUUGCGUAUACAUUUGAAUUCCAUGAAAUUCAUACAUCUGGAGAGUGUGCAAUCAGUCUUCUGAAUGCAAUUUGAGCUGCAGGAAUAAAUUACAGAUAUAUAUUUCCAGAGCAUUAUAGUAACUUCCUUACUGCUGUGUGGAGGCUGGAAUAAAGGACUAGUGGCUGAUUGAAGAGAAAGUUUUGAAGCCCAAGAGCGCCGGCAGUGCUGCAGUACUUUGAUGCCAUUGGCAGUGAAUUAUGUCAAGCAGUUUGAAGGUAGUUGGCUCCAGAUUCAAAUCGAUGGGAAUGAUGCUAGCUGCUGGCUGCUGGGGGCUUGUCCUCAAGCCGUUCUUACUUACUUCAGCUAUGCUUUCAGGCAGUUUCCAAAUUCUCCUUCCCUCAUUGCACUUUCGGUUUAUGGAUAGAAAAAAAAGUAUGUUUCGCUGGUUCUGAACUGUAAUGAUAUAUUCAUGACGGGUAGAGCUUUGAUUCACGGAGUCAGUAUCCAAAUCUCUUGAGUAACUAUUCGACCCGCAGGCACAUUCAUUUUCUUGAAAGGCUGUGACGUCUGAACUGGAAUAUUACAGCAAAUUGCCAGAAGAAAUGCUUUUUGAUUGACUUGUUCUCAUUAUUAGAUGCAUAAUGUGGUACUGAAGGGCAACACAUUUUAUUUGUUAAAAAACACACAUUAUUUACAUGUUCUGUAUGUUAAAUAGUAUUGUUAAAUAUUAUUUAGGUUUAAAAAAAAAGGUGUUAAUUUAAUAUCUUGGCUAAAGAAGCAUGUUUAAUACAUCUAACAGACUCAUGUGCCUGAAAGGCCAUAUGCGUUUAUUCUAAUUGUUAUGCAUAAUUAAAUGACUAGAUAUUAAGAGGUAGCGGUAGCUCCUGUACAGCAUCUCUGUUCUUGCAACGGUAAAUUAAGCAUGCUUAAGAUACAAUGAGAACGUAGAUGGACCUAUCAGUGUUUUGGCUUGUAGAUCCAUAAUUAAAAACAUGUGCUAUAGUACAUUCAGUGAGGAAAACGGUGUGAAAAUAGCCAUCAAGGGGCCACUCAAGCCCACUUGUAGACGUCUUGAGUGCUGCAAUCAAACAAAGUGAUAGAAGAGCAUGCAGUGAUAUUAGGGAGAAAGAGAGACUGUAAAUUGUUCGAGUAAAAAGCUAGAGUUAUGUCGCUUAUUCGGCACAUGCUCAGUACAGUCUGAGAAAAAAUGGAUGCGGUCAUUUCACUGCAUUGCAGAUGUUGAUAUAAUUUAUAUAUUAAUUCAUUUUUCAUGUUUAAGUUCAGUCAAAUUUAUAUCUAUUUUAUUCUCUAGGUUGUUGGUUUAAAGUUUACAUGAAUUAGAGAUGUUAACACUGCUUUUGGUAGCUACUAGAUAAAUACAUUACAAUUUACAAUGCAUUAACUAACAUUAACUAACAACGAGCAAUACAUUUGUUACAGCAUUUAUUAAUAUUUGUUAACGUUACUUAACAACAAUGGAGCUGUAAAUUGUUAGUUAAUGGUAUCCAUUAAAUAAUACUUACAAAUACAAAUAUAGAUUUUACUAAUGUGUCUGUAAAUGUUAAUUAAAUUCACAUUAAGAUUAAUUAAUAUUUUAUUCUGUUAUAUUCUUGUUAACUUCUGUUAAUAAAUUAAAAUUGUAUUGUGAAGUGCUACCAAAUUGUAUUAUGACUGUGAGGUCAUGGGCAAUUACAUUUAAAGUUAUUAUGAAAAUAAUAAUAUUAAAAAAAAUAGGCCUAUCUGACUGGAUAGAUUUUUAUUUUAUUUUAUAUAUAUAUAU